UCAUGCUGCUGCCAGGUCCAGAGUCUCUCAUGGGUCCCUGUACGGCCUCCCAUUGCUGCUGUCUCCAUCGCCACACUCUGCCAUGUGCCACUUUCAGGUCUCCUCACACUGCUGGUGUGUUCCAUUUUUUGUCAUAGGGUGCUGGCAGAUUACGGGCCUCCCAUAGCUGCUGCCAGGCCCCUAAUCUGCCAUGGGCCCCCUAUACUACCGCCUCCUCAUGCUGCUGCCAAGUCCAGAGUCUCUCAUGGGUCCCUGUACAGCCUCCCAUUGCUGCUGUCUCCAUCGCACACUCUGCCAUGUGCCACUUUCAGGUCUCCUCACACUGCUGGUGUGUUCAAUUUUUUG